AUGAUUUGCAAGUCCAAUCUGUGCUUGAUCAUAGGUCUGAUCGUCUUCAUAUUCGAUCUCACGUGGAGUCAACUAAUCAGGCCAGUUUAUGUGUACGAGGGUCUGAUCAAGGGUAUCCGUGACUACUUUAAUAACACAUGUAUUGUAUUUUUGCACAGCAAUCCGAAUCUUGUUGAAACACAAGAUCUUAUGGAAAGUGAAAACUUGGUGACUCUUCAGAAGUACCUAAGUAUGACCCAUCAAAUACGCACUACUUUCAUGGAUUUUCAUAUGUUUAGCACACGACAGAUCACAACGUGGAUCGCGAUGGCUUAUCCUACCUGGCUGGUAUUCUUCAAUAACAAGACCAAAUUCGAAGACUUUUUCUUUGAGAUUUACAUACCGUUUGAUUGUAAGUUCAUGGUGGUUCAGAGUAGCGCCAACGUAACUGACAGAGAAAUCAUCACUGAAGUUUAUCAAGUUGACAGAGGAAGAGAACUGAGAUUAUCGCAGUUUGGUACAUGGGAUGUAAGGAGUGGUCUGAAGGGUCCUAAACACGGUCUAUUUUUAAGAAGAAACAAUCUUUUCGGCCAAAAUAUACGCGUUACAUCAGUCCAUGACCCUCCUAUCAGUUUGUUUCAUCGUAAUGAACGAAACGAAAUAAUGAAAAUAAAUGGCUUUUUUGGAGAAGUGAUACUGCUAUUGCAAGAAGCAUUAAAUUGCACAUUCACCUACAAGGAAGCCAAAUCGUGGGGUAUGUGUCUACCAGACGGUUCGUGUACAGGUGCGAUUGGAAUGUUAGUGAACAAUGAGGUCGACUUUGCGGCAACGGAGUUUAUGAUGUCCUCGGAUAGAUUAGAUGCUAUCAGUUUUACAACGCCUAUUUAUACAACCAAAUAUCGUGCGUAUAUUAAAAGACCUGCAUCGUCUGACGUAAAAUGGGAUGCUUAUACGGCACCGUUCUCCACAAGUAUUUGGAAUGUCAUUGCUCUUUUUAUUGUACUGACGAGUGGAACGAUUAUGCUCAUUCAGAGAUUAUUUACAUUAACAUCUCCAUAUCUUCGAAAUGACAACCGUUUGAGAUUUACAGAAAUUUUGUUUUUUGUCACAGGAGCGUUUUGCAAUCAAGGUAUGAAACAAUCGACGCUGGAUCCUGUGAGAAUUGUGCAUUUCAUAAUUCAUCUAUCGGCUGUUGUGAUUGUAGCCGCGUAUUCCGCUGCCUUGAUUAGUUUCCUUACUGUUAAAACAUUUAUUAUGCCCUUUACGACUAUGGAUGGUCUUCUGAAAGAUAAGACCUAUCGUUUCGGUGUGGUCGGUGACUCGGCAGAUUUUAAUUUUUUCCAGAACACAUCGGAUAAAACAAUGAGCGUGCUGUUCGACGAAUUACUUAUGAAGGAAACUGAUUUGCCGAGAAGUUAUUUGAAUGGUCUAGAACGUGUUUGCAAAGAGGACAAAUAUGCUUUUAUGACAUUGGAUAGUAUGGCGACAUUGCUGCAGCAAAAAGUCGACUGCAAGUUGGAGCCGUUGGAUGUCAUCACGCAAACUACUAUAGCGAUGGCUCUGCAAUCAAACAGUCCAUACCGUGGUAUCAUUAACGCAAAUAUUCUUCUUUUGAGAGAUAACGGGAUCCUACAGCGAUUACUAGAGACACAAUGGUCGGUUCAACUAAGCGGAGGGAGUGUAACAUCAUCGUGGAAAUCGGUCGAGAUCGGCGAUAUUGUACCGCUGUUACUUUUCAUAAUAGCCGCGGUGCUCAUUAGCGGUUUCAUCUGUGUUAUAGAACGCGUUAUCUUCAUGAGCUUCUUCAAUCGAAUCAAGUUAGAAGUGAAUAAGCCGCGGAUAUCUCAUUCAGAAAGCAGAGAAAUCCAGUGUGCACAAAACAGUGUUGUUCAAUUACCUAAUGGUCAAAAAAUUAAACAUCUUACAGAUGAUGUUAAAAAAAGAACAUUUUCCAGUAUUCAAAUGUGGAAAGAGAAAAUGAGGAAACCAUAUACUGGUACCGUGCCCAAAAGUAUGACGUCUAAUGUAAAUUUAAAUAAUAAAACUCUUUCACAAGUUGGCAUUAAAAUGAAUUCCAGAACCAACUUGCGAAAAAGUUCUGUUACUAGAUCAAUGAAUUUGCAACCUGAGAUGUCACAAAAUCACGUAAAAAAUUCGAAUAAGGAUAUUGAGGAAGCCCAAAAUUUCAACUCUUUAAAGAAUGAACUUAAACGGAUAUCAAACGAAAUUGUGAUAUUUCUGCAAGAUAAAUCACCUUUGGCAGUACAAAAUGAUACCAACAAGAGCUCUAACAGCCUAACACCUUUAGACGGCCCUUCGUUCAUGCCAUUGACUCCAACAAAGGUGCAUUAUGAAAAACGUUUAACGAAAUUAUCGACUAAGAAAGAGAACGAAUUUGAUAUUAUUUGCGAAACACCGUACGAACGUGAUUAUUUGGAGGAUAUACUAGAGACGGAACGUAAGAGAGAUGAUAACGCUCUGAGGAUUUCCCAUCGUUUUCUGCAUGAAAAUGUAAACGCAGAGCAGAGGAGGAUCGUCGUGGGAUAUAUUAUUCGUCUUGGCGUACACUGCUACUAUUCGUCGCACGUCAUUUAUCAGACUAUCAAGCUAUUCAAUGUAACUAUUGAUCGAAUUCACAUGAAGACUGAUAAUAUACAAUUAAUGGCUCUGGCGUGUCUCUGGAUAAUUCUCAAGCAAGAUGCACCUGGCGAUAAAAUACCAUCGGCAACUGUAAUACUGCAAUUGGCGAAAGAUUUAUACAUUAAUCAAGAGAAACAGUUGUUAAAGUGGGAAGAAAGAAUGCUGAAUUCUACGAAGCGGAUUAUGAUACAACGUGCAGAAUAUAAAGAUUUUAGUUCGAAUGUUGUACACAAAAAAUACAUGCGUAGCAAACACGGUCAAGUUACUAAUUUUCUUCACAGGAAACUAAAGACUGUCGUAAUUGAAGAUUAG